ACAGGAAAUCUUCAGAGAUUUGUGUGCUGAUGUGGAGGAUUUUGUAAAAAUAACAUGGAACUUGGCAGUCUCCUUUCUUGUUAGUUCGAAAUGGACCUUCUAAAGGCUACGGCUACGAUAUUCCCGGUCUUCCUCUUCUGCACGUGGCUUUGUUUGCACAAAAUUCACGAUGCCAACGAGGCGCCGUACAUCGACGAGGAGUUCCAUGUUCCUCAAGUUCAGAGAUUCUGCAAUAACAAUUUUGAAUGGGACCCCAAAAUUACUACACCGCCAGGACUGUACUUUGCGUCAAUUUUCACUUUAAAAUUAUUAAGCUUUGUAAAAGUGGGUGAUUUUGUCUGCAACUUAUUUGAUUUGAGGAUGACAAACUCAAUUUUCACCUGCUUGAAUUUUAUUAUACUAACCUGGAUUUAUUCAAAGAAAAAUAAGAACUUGUCGUCUUGGGUUGGUGUUGCGGACAUUCUCAGUUUGACCACAUUUCCCAUUCUCUACUUCUUCAGUUUCCUUUAUUACACCGAUGUCAUCAGCACAUUUACAAUUCUGGCCAUGUACUGCGCGUACUUACAUGGAAAAAUUUCCAUCUCGGCUUUAUUUGGAUUUAUAUCUCUUUGGAUGAGACAGACAAAUGUAAUAUGGGUUGCCUUUGUUGCUGCAAUUUACGGCUACAAAAUUCUAGAGAACCUCUUGACUGAAGAAAAACUUUCCAUUCAUAAAAUGAGCUUUUUCACGGCAAUUAUUGAGGGAUUGAGGAGACCAAAACUAAUUAUCUCUAUUAUCCUGAAGGAAAUUCCCUAUGUGAUGGUUGGCUUAUCUUUUGUCGUCUUCCUCCUUUGGAAUGGCAGUAUUGUUCUUGGCGAUAAAUCUGCUCAUCAGGCCACUAUCCACCUGCCGCAGCUCUUUUACUAUUUUCUCGUUUGUGCAGCAUUCUCUCCUGCACUUUUCCUCAAACACAUUCCAAUUUUUAUAAAUUUCAUCAAGACCAACAAAAUCGCAACUUUUUUCUGCCUCCUCUCAAUAGCAGCUGUUGUCCAUUUCAACACGAUGGCUCAUCCAUACUUGCUUGCUGACAAUCGACAUUACGCAUUCUAUGCUUGGAAAAGAUUGUUCCAACCUACAAUGAUGCGUUUCAUGUUUGUCCCUGUGUAUUUAUUCUGUGCUUCCUGUAUGUUGAAAAAUUUAUCUCAUCAAGGAGCCUUCUUUCAAAUCCUAUUUGUUCUCUGCGUUGCGGCCAGUCUUGUGCCACAAAUGCUACUGGAGCCUCGUUACUUUAUCAUCCCUUUUUUAAUGUUCAAACUCAACAUUCCUCCAGAGGAUUCAAAAUCUGUUUGUUUAAAUUUGUUGGUCUCCCUGUUUGUAAAUUUUGUAACCAUUUACGUGUACAUUCAUUGUCCAUUUGCUCGUGAAUCAAAAAUUCAUUUUAUUUGGUGAGAAAUAAUAAAAGGAAAGAGCUCCGA